AGCGUCGGCCAUUAAACCCGAGCCAACACCAGGGCAGGCUGCACACCUACCCCCGGUGUCCCUCUGCCACCCCCACCGCCCCAGCACCCCUGACACCCACCACCCUCCACACACACAGUUUUUCUUUUUUUAAAUUUCCAGCAGUCGGUUUUUCUCUAGAGAAGGCAUAAAGAGAAGCAGAGGCAGAGAUGGGACGAGCAGGGAGAAUGCUCCUGCCUCAUCGGAGCCACCGGUUUUCGGGAGAGAGCGGCAGCCCCCACCUGCCUGUGGACUGAGCACUUAAAGUAACCAUCGCACAGAGGAUCCACCAUGUGAGACUCAGAACAGCAUCUGGGAAGAACAUUGAGGCAAACUUCUCCAUCCAGAUUAAUUCCUGAUCUUCUGAGAAUAACAAACAGCCCACUACGCUGUGGCCAGUACUCCGCGCCAGCACACGCUGACAUUUUGUGGCCAAGGAGCUCUCCUUGAGUCUGCCCAACGGAGCAAGCCAUAUGGCUUCUGUCUCCUGGGGUAACCCUUCCUGAGGCUCCAGCACCCAUCUCUGGACAGAAGGAAGCGGCCGUUUCCCUGGGCACCCUCCUGCUGAGAUGCCACAGGACUGCAGACCUUUGAGGAGAAUAAUCCUAUCCACAGUGAUGCUACCAUGAGUGUUAACCGGGUGUUUAUGAUACACCCUACCCAGUGCUGAGCAUCUUGUGCUUAAUUCUCCCACGUGCCUGGGGUUCUUGUGGCCCUGACUUGAAGAUGAAAACCUUGAGGCUUAGAAAGGUAAAGUAACUUGGUCACAACUGGUGAGAUACGGAGCCAAGAUUCCACCUGAGUUCUGCAGGCUGGUCAGGUGAAUCACUGCCAGGUGAACGAGGGAUGACUUUCAACACCAGCUCCUGGGCAUGGACUUUCUGAAGAGAACACUGUUUUGAAAAGUCCUUUAUGGAGAUUUGUAGUGCUUUUAGCUAAGAUUGUUGGGGAUUUGCACUCUUAGAGUUAGCAGGGUUGGCUUCAAAUACUGGUGCUGACUGAGCUCCAUUUGGAGAUGUUCUCCACGAGGCAACGCUGAACCUUCAGGAGACCCAUAGGAGGUGGCUGCCCAGCCCCUCUGUCUAGCAGUGCGAGGGAAAGGUGUACACCAAAGGUGGGGCUUGGUUGAGUGGUUGAACAUGCUGGUGUGGGGCCGGAUAGCCUUGGCCACAGGUUGUCUUUGCCAGUCUCUGGCUGAGUGGUUUGGGGUGAGCUGCUUCACUGCUAUCAAGCUCCUUUCCUCAUCUGUUAAGUAAUAUUUGUAAUGACAGCACCUCCCUCACACACCAGGUUUCACUGGUCUGUUGUCUGAUCAAUCAUAAUAGUUAUUACUCAUUGCUGUUUGCCAGGCACCAGUUUAGGUGCUAGAAAGAGCUAGCAAUGAGAACAAAAAGUACAGCGCUCACCUUUGAAGAUCUUAGGAGUCCAGAGAGCUAAGCUAAAUCCACUACAGUGUGAGACAGGCAGAGAUUCACCUGAAAGUGUCACAGGACCCUGCUGCUGAGGUUCGGGAGUGGGGAGAUCACCACUCACGGGGGUUAGGGGGUUCCAGAGGCCUUUGUUGAGGAGGCGGCGAGUAGGUGGACAGGUGGAUUUUGGGUUUGUGGAUCAAGAGAAGGAAGGGAAUUCCUGGCUGAGGAACAGCAUAAGCAAAGCGUGAAGUAGAACCUGGGGGCCUUCGGUUUGAUUGGAGGGUGCAUGCAUCCAUCCAUGCAUGCCAGGGCAGUGGGAUCUGAGCUGGGAAAUAGGGUACAAAGUCCCUGCUCUUAUGGGGAUUGCAACAUUAAGCAAGUAAUGAUACAUUUAAUUUUUUAAUUGUAGUUGUGAUGAGCACCCUGAAUCUGAGCUGGUCAGGGAGCAGGCGCCUGAGGCUUCCCUGAGGACAUAAGUGAAGCUUGAGUAGGAGGCAGUUGGGAAUGGAAAGAGCACUUCAGGCCAUGAGUACAGCUCCCCUGGGGCCCCUGACAUGGGCCGGCAUCCAAGGAGCCAAAAGGCCAGUGUGUGGCUGUGCUGCAGGCAACAAGAAGUGGGGCUUGGGAAGUGGCUGAGGAGGUGGGCAGAGGCCAGCCUACAUGGGCCCUGCUAGGUGGAGGACGUUACUUUGUCCCAAGAGCGAUGGGGCUACUGCAGGGUUUUAGCUAGAGUGGGGAUGUGUAGGUGGAAUUUUAUGUUUAAAAAAGAUCCCUCUGGUGGUGGUGGAGAAGGCUUUGUAUACAGCAGGAGUGAAGGUGAAGGGAGGAAACUGGACUUUGGCCAGCUGUGGAUUGUACAACUUGACCAAAAUCCCACUUUGCCAUCGCCACCAUCCUCAGCCCAACACACUCAAUAACUCACUCUUUCGCAGCUGAGCAGUGUCUCAUACAGUCCCUGUUCCUGAGCUCAGCACCCACCUGAUUUUCCCACCACCCUUGCUGCUGAGCACACGUGCAUUGGCCCCCAGCCCACAUGCGCUGUGUUCUUUCCAACAGAGCCAAAUCCUGUGGAACUGGACCCGGAGAGAACAGGAAGGAGUCAACAAGAUCUUAAGCCUGCUCCAGACCCCUUGCCUGACUUUUGAGAAGGUCAGGGCCCGAUUUCUGUUUGUCCCUCCUCCCUGGGCUGGGCGCAUCUUCCUGGGACAGCCUACCCCUGGGAACAGAAGGCUUGGAAGGAGUGGUGGAUUGCCUCACCGAGGGAGUGAGUGCCGAGGCACACAGGGCCAAGUGCUUAUUCGUGCUGGAAGCUGCCCUGGCAGCCUAGGUGCCCCAAUGCCAAGAGCUGACUGCAAGGCUGGACGGACAUGUUCAAUGGUACUGGGGGCUCACCAGCGCACCCUGUGAAGGGCAAAUGGGAAUGGGGGCUGGCGACCCCAUCAAGUUGAACUCCAGGAGGUCAAGGACAGGGCAGGAGGGGCUUUGGCCAGCACGGUCUUGGAGAGGGAAUUACUGUCCUGCUACUUCCUACUGUAGCAAACUCUUUGAAAAAGCCACAGCAAUUUUUGCUCUCCCAAAAUAGCUGAGAGAUUCCAUUGGACAGUUGCUUACCAAUUACCUACUUGGAGCUGGGCUAAGAAAGAGAAAUUUUCAUCUACUCCUUCAAGGAGCGCAUGGUCUGGUGAGAAAGCCUGAUGCAUAAACUAGUCAUUACAGGGCACCGUCCUGUUCAGGUGGUGAGGAGUGACUAUGGUGGCACGGGACCCUAGAGGUGGUGGAGACUCCUGCAGCCUGGCAGGUUCUCCAGCAUCGUGGGCCGUCCAGAUGAUGUGGAAUGGAGAUUCCAGAACCCACCUGCCCUGCCCCUCCUCCGAGGGACCAGCCAGCUCCCACUCCUGGCCCUCCAGGGGCCCCAGGUGGCCAGGCCUCACCCCACCUGACCCUGGGCCCCGUCCUUCUGCCACCAGAGCAGGGCCUGGCCCCCACUGUGUUCCUGAAGGCCCUGCCCAUCCCACUGUACCACACGGUGCCUCCUGGGGGCCUCCAGCCACGUGCUCCGCUAGUGACGGGCAGCCUGGAUGGAGGCAACGUGCCCUUCAUACUUAGUCCCGUGCUGCAGCCUGAAGGGCCUGGCCCCACCCAGGUGGGGAAGCCGGCGGCCCCUACGCUGACGGUGAACAUCGUGGGCACUCUGCCUGUCCUGUCACCAGGCCUGGGCCCCACGCUGGGCAGCCCAGGCAAGGUGCGGAAUGCUGGCAAGUACCUGUGUCCACACUGUGGUCGCGACUGCCUGAAGCCCAGUGUUCUGGAGAAGCACAUCCGAUCCCACACGGGCGAGAGGCCCUUCCCGUGCGCCACCUGUGGAAUCGCCUUUAAGACCCAGAGCAAUCUCUACAAGCACAGGCGGACGCAGACACACCUCAACAACUCCCGGCUGUCCUCAGAAUCCGAGGGAGGUGGGGGCAGCCUGCUGGAGGAAGGAGACAAGGCCGGAGAGCCUCCCAGAACAGACCGCAGGGGUGAGAGCCGGAGCCAGGAGAUGCACGAAGCGGCCUCGGAGAGACCCCUUUCUCCAGGUGCCCACGUGCCCCUAGUUGCCAAGAACCUGGAUAUCAAGACCGAAGCUGCUCCCUGUCCAGGGUCAGCAUUUGCCGACGGAGAGGCUCCUUGGGACUCUGCCCCCACAGCGUCACCUGGGCUCCCCGCGGCCAGCACACAGCCCUGGCGCAAGUUGCCGGAGCAGAAGUCCCCGACCGUCGGGAAGCCGUGCGCCCUGCAGCGGCAGCAGGCAACAGCAGCUGAGAAGCCCUGGGAUGCCAAGGCCCCCGAGGGCCGGCUGCGGAAGUGUGAGAGCACCGACUCGGGGUACCUGUCACGCUCAGACAGUGCGGAGCAGCCGCCCGCGCCCUGCAGCCCCCUGCACAGCCUCUCAGAGCACAGCGCUGAGUCCGAGGGGGAGGGCGGCCCGGGCCCGGGACCAGGGGGUGCAGGGGCCGAGCCUGGGGCGCGAGGAGUCGGCCUGGAGCUGGAGAAGAAGCGGCUGGAGGAGCGCAUCGCCCGGCUCAUCUCCCACAACCAGGCGGUGGUGGACGAUGCCCAGCUGGACAACGUGCGGCCCCGGAAGACCGGGCUGUCCAAACAGGGCAGCAUCGACCUGCCCACGCCCUAUACCUACAAGGACUCCUUCCACUUUGACAUCCGCGCUCUGGAGCCGGGCCGUAGGAGGGCCCUGGGCCCCGCGCGCUCCACCUGGACGCCCCCAGACAAGUCUCGGCCCCUGUUCUUCCAUUCCGUCCCCACUCAGCUCUCCACCACCGUGGAAUGUGUCCCCGUCACCAGGAGCAACUCACUGCCCUUCGUCGAGGGCUCCAGGACAUGGCUGGAGCCCCGGGACCCCUGGCCCAGGACGCAGAAGCCUCUGAGCCCCAGGCCCGGCCCAGCCCGCCUUGGCUGCCGCUCGGGACUGAGCUCGACUGACGUUCCUGGUGGGCAUCCCCGGGCCCUGGUCAGACAGGCCGCGGUGGAGGACCUGCCAGGCAUCCCCACUGGCGAUGCCCCGGUGCCCACAGAGGACACAGAUGCAAAGAGAAUUGCUGCGCGGGAGGCCGUGGCCGGCAAGGUCAGAGCAGGCGGCAGGAAGUGCGGCCAGAGGAGGCUGAAGAUGUUCUCUCAGGAGAAGUGGCAGGUGUACGGGGAUGAGACAUUCAAAAGGAUCUACCAGAAAAUGAAAGCUAGUCCCCAUGGAGGCAAGAAAACCAGAGAGGUGGGAAUGGGCAGUGGGACGGAACUGGGCCUUCCUCUGCAGAAAGAGGCAGCAGGGAGCUCAGGCACAGUCCCCACCCAAGACAGGAGGACCCCUGUCCAUGGGGACACAUCCACAGGGGCAAUGCCAGAGCCUUGGGGAAAUUCACCAGCCCCGGAGGCCUCCUUAGUGACUGAGCCCACUAAGUAUGCGGAGACGGUGGCCAGGACAGGAGACAGGAAUCGACCCAAGGUGGAAGAGGCUGUGUCAUCCCCUGCACUGGGCGGCAGAGACAGUCCCUGUUCAGGCAGUCGGAGCCCCCUGGUCUCUCCAAAUGGGAGGCUGGAACUGGGGUGGCAGCUGCCCCCAGCACCUGGCCCCCUCAAAGGGGGUGACCUAGAGGCCGUCAGGCCAGUUUUGCCAGACCCCAAGCUGGAAGGAGGUGCCCGAGGUGUGGGGGAUGUUCAGGAGACCUGCCCGUGGGUCCAGACUGUCCUGAGAUGGCCCAGCAGUGGCUCUGGGGAGGACAAGCUCCCCUCGGAGCGGAAGAAGCUGAAAGUGGAGGACCUGCACAGCUGGGAGCAACCAGAGCCUGUGGGCGCAGAGACCCCGGGUAGCCCCGUGCAGGCUGCCUCUUUGUCAUCCCAGAAGCAGGACGCCAAUACUGGGGAGGUGCCAGGGGGCUCGAAGGAGAGUGCCAGGCAGGGGGGCGAGCUUCUGGAGUCCUCUGGAGCCUCCUUGGCUGCUGAUUCUGUUGCCCUGAAGAGGGUAGGGCCAAGGGACAAGGCUCCCCCACUGCCUCCUGUAGUCCCAGCCCCUGGGGAGCACCCCCCACUGGCCACCCCACCUCAGGCUCCCAGAGUCCUCUCUGCCCUGGCAGACAAUGCCUUUUCCCCAAAGUACCUCCUCAGGUUACCUCAGGCAGAGACCCCCUCACCACUGCCCAUUCCCCGGGGACCCAGGCACAGCCAGGACUCUCUCUGCAGCAGUGGGUGGCCUGAGGAACAGGCAUCAUUUGUUGGGUCAGGACUGGGGACCCCUCUUUCUCCCAGCCCAGCCUCAGGCCCCUCCCCAGGUGAGGUGGACAGCAUCCUGGAGGACCUCAGCUCUUCCAGGCCACGGGAUGGGAGAAAAGGGGCACAGUUGAGGGGGGACAAGGGGGACAGGAUGGCCACUAGCAGGCCAGCAGCCAGGGAGUCGCCUAUCUCAGCACCAGGGGCUCCCAGGGAGGCCACCUCCUCCCCGCCCACUCCAAUGUGUGAGGCACACUUAGUUCAGGGCAUGGAGGGUGACAGCCACCGUAUCCAUCGCCUCUGCAUGGGCAGCACUUUGGCAAGGGCCAGGCCCUCUGGGGAUGUCCCAAAUCCUUGGGUACCCAACUGGGAGCUGGGGGAGCCUCCUGAGAAUGCCCCAGAAGAUCCUUCUUCAGGGCCCCUGGUGGGCCCUGACCCGUGUUCCCACCUCCAGCCUGGCUCCUUCCUCACUGCCCUCACUCGGCCUCAGGGUGUGUCCCCAGGCUGGCCAGAGCUGGCCCUGCCUUCCCACUCAGGGAAGUCCCGGAGCCACAACCCCCACAGCCCCCACAACGCCUUUCCCUCACUGAAGGCUGAGCCGCGGCUCACGUGGUGUUGCCUGAGCCGCAGUGUCCCUCUGCCCACGGAGCAGAAGGCAAGGGCGGCGUCUUUAUACUUGGAGGUGCACUUUCCUGGUAGCAGCCUCCGAGAUGAGGGUCCCAAUGGCCCUCCUGGGAGCAAUGGAGGAUGGACCUGGACAAGCUCUGGCGAGGGAGGGCCGGCGCAGAUGUCCAAGUUCUCCUACCCAACAGUCCCAGGGCUGAUGUCCCAGCACCAGGUGUCUGAGCCAGAAUGGAAGAAAGGCCUGCCUCGGAGGGCAAAGAUGUCUCAUGGAAACAGCAAGCAGAGAAAACUGAGGAUCAACCCUAAAAGGUACAAAAGGAAUUUCUUGCAGAGCUGUGUUCAGCUGAGAGCCAGGAGACUUCGCACACCAACCUGGGUGCGAAGAAGAAGCCGCCACCCUCCCCCACUCGAGGGAGUGAAGCCAUGCAGGACCCCUGGACAGACCUCUUCAGAAAUAGCAGGUCUGAAUCUGCAAGGGGAGCCAUCUCAUGCCACCACAGAAUCACCUCCUUGUUGUGGGAAGGAAGAGAAGAAGGAAGGUGACUGCAGACAAACCUCAGGAACCCUCUCUCUUGGUACAAGUUCAAGGACUGUCAGGGAAGUGGAGAAACGAACUGUGAAGGAUAUUUCUCCAUCUGCCGGUGAGCACAGUGACUGUACUGCUCACAGCACUGCUGCCACAUCAGGAUUAUCUCUGCAAUCUGACACCUACCUGGCAGUGUUUAAUGACGCGCCUCUACCCGCUGGCAAAGGUCUUGACCUUGGGUUGCUGGAGACUCAGCUGCUGGCCUCCCAGGAUCCAGUCUCAACAGAUCCCAAACCAUGCAUUUUCUCAGAUGCUCAAGGGCCUUCUUUCUUUGGGUCCAAAGGAACUUUUCCCCGCCACGACAUUGCUACCUCUGUGGCUGCCAUUUGUAUAUCUCUGCCAGCGAGAACAGAUCACAUAGCCCAGGAAAUUCACAGUGCUGAACCACAGGACCACAGCCAGACUGCAGGGAGGACUCUGACACCGAGCUCCCCGGACAGCAAAGCCACAGGAGAGGGCAGAGCACAGACCCUCUUGCCAGGGAGACCUUCAUCUGGACAAAGAAUUUCAGAUUCAGUUCCAUUGGGGUCAACUGAAAAAACUCAUCUUGAAAUACCAGCUUCAAGACCAAGUUCAGCUAGUUCACACCAAAAGGAAGGGAGAUACAAAACGUUUUUUCCUUCCAGAGGCCAGUAUGGGUGUGGAGAAAUGACCGUCCCCUGCCCCUCUUUAGAAAGUGACGGUAGGAAAUGUCAGGUACCUGAAUUAAUCACUCGGAAGGAUUCUGUGGUUCCUUCUAAGCCAGAGCCGCCCAUAGAAAUUUCUGAAGCCCCUUCUAAAUCCCUCAAGAAGAGGAGUCUGGAAGGAAUGAGAAAGCAAACUCGAGUGGAGUUCAGUGAUACCAGCAGUGACGAUGAAGACCGAUUGGUUAUAGAAAUAUGAAGCUUCCAGAGAAAGAUGGUAUCUUUGGUCAAAGACUGUCGAUGCUUCACAAGUAAAUGUUGUCAGGCUGGCGGAAGAACUAAACUCUAUCUGUGAAACACCUACACAUUAGGAAAGCCAUUUUGAGUUAUUUACAAGCCAACUCCAACCAACUCCUGACCCCCAACUCAGCCGCAAUGUUCCCCAGCUCCCCUUGGGAGUGUUCUGCUUAUGUUCACAUGGUGCCAGGCAGUGCAGACAUGGCAAGGAAGCAAACUCCGGAAAUGGUCAACGUGCACAGUGACUGGGCCUUGACUCCCAGCCUCCUCUUCUGCACCUGCCCCCACUGCCUCUCUGCAAUCAAAUGGCACUAACCAAGAAAGCCACAAUCAACACGUUUCUUCACAAGUGGAUCCCACACAGUCGAGGCAACUGGCUUUCUCCGUUAGUAAACUGAGGGUUUGCUUCCAAGGUAGAGAGCAUACUUGGGAUAAUUGGAGUAGCUUGACAGACAGGGGUGUGAACUGGGCACAAAGAUACUUCUGUUCAUUUUGGAGACAAAAUUCGGAUGCAUUAAAAAACUGAAGCUUGUUCAGAGUAUUCACGUCCUUAGUGGAGUUGUAAAUAUACUUCAAAAUGCCUAUGAUCCGGUGAAAUGCUGAUUACUUUUAAAUGUUGCACAAAUGGUCAAUGCUUAUUUAUGGUCAGAUGACGCAAGUACAUGCUCUUGUGCCUGGUGCCUUUGCUGUGGAGAUCUCUGAGACCGUUGGUUUUUCUAGUUCUUACAAAGGAACCUUGUGUUAAAAGUUAAUAGAACUGUCUCUCUGUAAUGAGUCAUUUUUUAAGAGGGAAAAAUUCACUUAUUUUCCUCUGAUUCUUUUUGUCAUAUUGUGCUCUGAGAAAUUUCAAUGAGAGGGUUACAUUUUAGUAAUCUGUACAGCUUAAACUGAUGCCUGCUCAUCGUGAUGGGAGCCUUUUAGAUUUCCUUCAGAAGCUUCAAGGAUACAAAACUAAUUGGAGUUUUGACGCUGUUUUACAUCUCAGUAAUUUUAUUUUCGGGGCUUAGUGUUACUUUGCUGUCAAAUUAAAUCAGCCUCUGUAUUGUGCACGUCAGAACUGCACAGAUAAAAUUCCCCAGUAUUCCAAGCCAGUGCACCCCUGUGCAGAAGAAAACAGCAGAUCUACAUCAAACAGCCCAGUGAGCAAAGCCUCAGACCCACUGCCUUCCUCUCCCCAUCCUUCCAUGGGAGAGGAGAAACUUAAAGAGGUUUACAUUGCUGUAUUUCAAUAAAAUUUUAUACUUGCUUUUGGUAUGAUUUUGUACAAUUUCAAAUUUAUAGCUGAGCUCUUUUGGUUUAACUUUGAUGUAAUGAUGUUCAUAUGACAUCUUGUACUUCAAAGACACGGCAAUGCAGAGCAUCUCACACAUGCGAAUACACUUUAGUCAGUCUGUGCCUGUGACUAACUAUGGUCAAAUUUCAAGUAUCUUCAUGUGAGUUUUCCAAUUCUGGUGUUAUUCAUAGAAAACUUCAAUGCCAGACCAGCUUCUCUGGUUACUUAGUAUAUAUUUGUGACCAUUUCAUAUACACUCAUAAAUAUCCAAGGAUUUCAGGCCCAGCCAAGAAAAACAUAAGAAGGGAGGUAAAAAGGAUGUUGGACAUUCACUUAGUGUACUUUUUAAACCCAGCAAAAGCGAUGUGGUGAUUAUCUCCCUUUUUGAAUGAUUCAUGCCACUAUAAUGAGAGAGGCAGUGUAGGCAAAAGGUCUGAGUCUUGGAGAUUGAAGUCCUGACUUUAGCUGGGAAAUCUUGGUUAAGAGUCUCUCUGUACCUCAAUUUCCCUAAGUGAGAAUAAGAGAGUUGGACAAGAUGAAUACAUCUCCAGGUUCCAAUUUUUCUGAGAAUGGUUGGUAGAGAAGCUGCUCUGUCCUUAAAAUGCGUGGACUCAAUGGCUUGAAGAUAUUCCCCAUAGGGCACCGUUGCCACGGGGGCCUUGCAUGCAAGAAGUUUGGGUGGAGACAGUGAGGAACUGAAAUGCAGACACCUUCCACCAAUUAUUGCUGUGAAGAACCUGAGCCUGAAGAAGCUCCGUCUAAUUUUUUCCCCAGAGUUCCAGAUUUUAGGGUGCAAUCAUCCGGCCUAUACAUGUGACUCAUAGUUCAAAAAAUUAAAAGCAAAACCAGAACUCUCCAGUAGAAAUGGAGAAAGCCUAUCUGCAGGCUGAACUGGCUCCUUUGUCUUAGGAGGCACUGGUCAGGGGAAAAAAUCUGUCUUCGAGGCCCCUCCUUUCUGGGUGGCUACUGUGGCAUGAAUGGGAUCACUGGCUGUAAAUCAGUAAGUCAUAGCUCCAAAUAGCACCAACUUCAGGAUAAUGGGGGAAGCUGUGUCCUUCUAGGAGCCACCGUUGCUGGCUGUCACAUCCCAACCUGGGUCAAAUAUGGCAGAAUAUUGAUUUCAUCUCUAACUCCCUGUAUCUCUUACAAAGGUAGAACAGCUAGCCAAACCACCUUGCUUCGCUGGUCUUUGGCUAGUGGCUGGCAGUGUUUACAAGUGUACCUUACUUUAUAUCAACAUGAAUUUGUGAAAAAGCUGUAUUUCAAUGGAUUUUUUAAAAUUAAAAAUGUAUUUUGAAUGACCCUAAGGGAACUGGCUCUUGAAAAGCAUCCUACGGUAAAGAUUUUUUUUUUUUUUUAAUGAAGAAUCUUUUUAUAAAGCAAUGAACAAUCUCUGAUUUUAUAAAUCUUAAUUUUCCUAUGGGUUUCUUAAAGUGAAAUACAAUUAUAAGAAUACAUUUUAAGGGUAACAUCAACAACCUAGAACCCAGUUUGGUUACUGAAAAUAAAAUGUCAGUAUUAUCAAUUGAUAACUACUGCAGUUGUAUACUCUGCAAGUGUGUACUGCAUGAUGGUUAAGGAAAAACAAAUUUAUUUUAGAACAAAGCAACGAGAGUUUAAAGAUCAGGGAUUUCCUUCUUUCCCCAGUGCUAAUUUUCCAGUGUUAAUUUUAUUGUAUCUUUAGGUAAGGGUCUUAACCAACUGAUGCCUCAGUUUCUUCCACAGAGAGUAGUUACAGGGACGCUGUCAUGAACUAAGGAAAGGGCACUGAAUUUUUUUUGCCAAUCUCAAAAGUGACAUUUCCCCAUGAUGUUCAAGACUCACCAAGUUUCUCUCUCUACCUGUACCUACACCCAGCUAAAUCUUGCUGUUAAAGAUGUAUGGAGGGAAGAGGUUUCAAUCCUCCCCUCCUUGGCAACCUACAUUGUUAAGUGACUCAAAGUUAUAUGAUUUUUAGUGGACAACUGGAAUCCUCCUUCUUGUAAAACACAUUGAAAAACAGCUCAUCUCUCCUGCUAGGCUUAACCCUUGAGAUGUGAGACAAAGCUAAUAACCCCUUUGGUUCACAUCUCACAGUAACCAGGAGAACCUAUGGUUCAUUUGCCAAGUGAUUAAAAAAAAAGAUGGAGGAGAGUGUCUCUGAAUUUUAAUGAAAACACUGCCAAUAGCAUGGUGGUAACCUAGGGUAAGUCAGACUUUUUCUUCCUGAAAUCACUCUUCUAAAGCUGAGACCGGAAGAGGAACCUUGUAGAAGCACACUGUGACCACAGUUCUUGGCAUGAAAGAUAAACAAUUUGCAGUCUCAUGCCAAAAAGUAUUUCCUUGCAUUUACAUUCAUUACUUAGAAUGAUCACAUUAUUCAUUUUUUUUCCCCAGCACAGAAAUUUGCAUUUUGCACAAAAUUUGCCUGGUGCAGCAGAUUUUUAUAGUUAUGGAAACUGUCAUCAUUAUCGGAAUGUGCUGCUGCUCAACUCCCCAGACAUAAUUUAAUAUGGUGAGGAGAAAAUGGCCUGCCUGGCUCUAUGGGUGAUCAUAUUUCUACUACUGCAGCAAACUGGACUUGUGUAUUUUUCCUCACUUCAGUUGUUAUCCCCAUAGUUCAUGUAGGGAGGCACUUUGGCUUUUGAAACACGACAUUUCUCAAUACUUAAGCACAAUUUCUUGUCCUUAUUUUUCAGAACACAUUAAAUAUAAGGGUCAGGACCUAGAAAAUUUCUACCCUGUAUGAGUCUUUUCAUCCAUGCUUUGCACUUACGUGGGAAUAUACAUAAUUUGGUCUGAAGAAGUAUAGGAACAGUCGAGCACAUUACUUCACCAUUGGAAGAACAGUAACCAGGGAAAAACAUCAGCCUCUGCCACUUGGAGCACUAGAGGAUGACGGAAUGUCUUGUAUAUGCGGUCGACUGUUCAGGAUUUACUACUCAAUUGCUUGUUCACAAUCAGGGAAUUGAUUGGCUUCUGGGUUGGUUGUUGAAAUUUCUUUCUUUACAUGAUUAAAUUAUUUUGUUUUGAUAAAAAAUAAAACUUAAAAUGCAAA